AUGUCUGGGUAUCAUGACGUCGGCAGUGGCAGCUUGAAUGCGGCGGUGGACUGGUCGAGGAAUUCAAGUUUCGGGGUCACCUCGACUGGCUUCGCGCAAGCAGCAUCCGCUGACAACUCGACUUACAUGGUCAUCAAUCAGUUCAAAUUCCUCGCUGCCAGGUCAAUACGGACAUCCACUAUCGUUCUCGCCACCUUCAACACGAUAUCGGCCGCUGCAACCGCCGCCGGCAUUUACUAUGAUUGCUACUCCACUGCUAAGAGGAAUUGUCCGGUGGGGAAGAAAGUCAACAAGCUCACCUGUGUCAAAGGACCCGAGACAUUUCCCUUCGUUCUGUCUCUGGGCAUCACAAUACAAGGCAUCAUCUUUGCUGUUUCACAAUCUAGAGGCCUGGAGGGACUGUUUGAACGAGGCUGCUCCAUCAUCUCUCAGUUUAUGUGGACAGCCAUAUUUAUUGUGCCUUACAUACAACUCAUCUUUGGCCUCGAGGUCGCCUUACGAGGCCUUCGAAGCAAACCGUUCCCACAGAGAAGCAAGUGGACAGUUGCGAUAUGCUUAGCAGGUUUGAAGAUCGUGCUUAUGAUCACUGGCCUGGUCGCUUUCUUCAUCCGGGCCCCCGAUUUUUGUUUCGCAUCUCUAUUCUUUUUCGUCGCCCGCUGGGCAGAAGGAGGAUUUGUGCUUCUGCUGGUCAUUGCUGUCCUCCUGACGAUUUGCGCCGUGACCAUUUUUAUCAAGUUGACGAGGAACGCCGAUAUUGAAACAUCUGAGCGAGUCCUCGCUUCCAGAAUGGUCUACUACCUGGCUUUGGCCAUCAUCUCAACCUUGUUGAUGAUACCCUUCUUUGGGUUUCUCACAUUUAAUGACAUUGUGGAGACGGGCAAGACUACGAGCCUAACGCUAGCCAUGAUUGCGACGGUUGUUGCGAAUGUAUCUGGUCUGAUGACAGGUGGCCUUCACCUUUUUCUUCGAUCCAACACAAUCUCUACCAUUGGCCCGAGAGACAAACUGGCCGAGUACGAAAGGCAAAAGCUCAAGUACAAUAUUCGCAUGCAGAGCCCCAACGACCUCGACGAGCCCGCUCACAUGAUGCAAACGGUCAACAACCGGUCCCUACGAAGGAAAGAUAGCGAGGAAACACUCGUCCGCUACGAGAAAGAAGAAGAAGCUGCGAUAGAAAGUCCAUCCUCAACUUAUUACAACAUCCCGCGGUUUGAGUCGAAGUCUCCGAACCCGUUGAGGUCAAAUGCUGUGACGUCUCCAAUCGCAAUACCAAGGAAUCCUGACAGGGCACAACUAUCCUCCGCAUCGUCACAUACCCGAAAAGCUUCUGCGUCUUACUCGUUGUUUCCCAGCAAGGACAAUGCCAGCACUAAUUCAGUAGCCUUUUUACCUUCAACCACAUACUCGCCUAAUUCAAAUAUGAAUGAAUUCACAUUCAACCUCGAUGACAUCAAGCCACCCCCUUCGAUAAAAGUCAAUGGCCGUCACAAGCGUGAUUCAUCCAUGUCUUCCACAGCCACGGUCCAGAUAGGACUUCGUUUAUCGAAUGUCCAAGACAUGCCGCGAACGACUAGCACGAUAAUCAAUAACGAUGACAGGGUUCACAACCUUGGUUGCCCUAAUCUUGCUCCCAUCCGGCCUAAUCCGCUGUUCAAAUUGGGCGUUGCAGACCAGCCGACGUCUCCUUCAGAAAACAUCAGCCAUUCAAACUGCUGUUCCUGCACAGAAGAGCCUAGCAGAGACGUGAGGAUGAAGACACUUCCGCCUGUGCCUCACGCCAUCAAAACCGUCCAGAGCCAAGCCUCCACUGGAGAGGAGACACUCAGUCCCGCUGUGUACAGCCCCCAUAGCCCUCAGAAGGCCAAGCUACCGAGUCCAAAGGGUGUUGGGUUUAACGUCUUGAAGCGUGCCAACACUACACCUGUACAGCCCGAUGGCACACCACCGCCACCUAGGAACAGGGGAAACUCUGAUGCCCAACGAUUCAGGAGUGACUGGAUCUGA